UAUUUUUCAAUUUUUAACCUAACCUCAAUUGAUUUCGAAAUGACGGAAAUAAAUGUUCAAAAUUUUAAAGAAAAAUUUCCUGAAAUUAAGAAGUCUUUGGAAGAAUCAAAAUUUAUUGCUAUAGAUCUAGAAUUUAGCGCUCUAAAUCCUUUAAAGGAACAAUCUCCUAGCUUGUUUGAUACUCCCAACGAGAGAUACCAAAAAUUACGGAAAAAUUUGAAGCUUGUAGUACCUGUACAAAUUGGUCUAACAGCAUUUUCGUUUGAUCGCGAUAGUAAUAGGUAUUUAGGUACCAUAUAUAAUUUUUAUUUAAUACCAGCUGCUUUUCCCUAUGUCCAAAAAAACUUUAUAUUCCAAUCUGAUACUUUAGAUUUUUUAAAAGUUCACGGAUUUAAUUUUAAUAAGUUCGCAUAUUCUGGUAUUCCCUAUAUUAAUAAAGAUCAAGAAGAAGAACUGAGGAAUAGAUUUAAAAACAAUGACGUUACAGAAGUACAAAGCUGCUUUAAUAAUGAAAUACAAGAGAUUAUAAACAAUGAAAGCGAACAAGUGGGAAAAUGGUUUUCAAAUGCCAAAAAUGGGGAUACAAUUACCAUACCGAAAAUUUUAAAUAAAUAUGAAAACAACUGUCAAAUGUUAUACUUUUUGCAUAAAAGUUUUAGAAGACGUUUUAAAUAUGUUUGGACGUCUGUUGAAAAUAAUGAAUUUAUUCUAAAAAAAGUCAAUUUGAAUGAUUUUGACAAGUUAUUAAGAUUGCAUAAUUUGGAAGAAGAGCUAAUAGAAAAUCUUGUAGGUUUUACUAAAAUAUUUCGGCUCUUAACGUCAUUAAAAAAACCUUUAAUAGGUCAUAAUUUAAUGCAGGAUAUUUUGUUAGUAACUGAAAGUUUUGAAACGUCACUGCCAACUUCUUACAAACAAUUUAAAAAACUUAUUAAUGAAUUAUUUCCGAAAAUUUAUGACACAAAAACUGUUUCCUAUGAACUACAAUCAAUAGUUCCUGAAGAAAAACGCUGGAACAAUAGAAGUCUGGCCACAAUUUUCGAAUAUUUCAAAAAUGGCACAGGAAGGCAUCUGGCUUUAAAUUCUCCAGCUAUUGAAAUACAUAAUUUAGAAAAUUAUGGAAAAUACCAUGAAGCGGGAUGGGAUUCUUUUUGUGCUGGAUACAUAUUUGUGAGGAUGGCUUAUUUGAACAUUUUUCAAAAAUUUCCAAAAUCUAAGAAUUUUAUGAGCAGCGAGCUAGUAGCUGGACUUUCAGAUUAUGAAAAUAGGGUUAAUGUUAUCAGAGGAGCUGUUUCUAGUAUUAAAAUCGAUGGAGAUGAUCCAGUGUCAGUUAGGCCCCCGUAUUUGGUUGUAGAGUCCAUCAAAAACCGCCCCAUAAAUAUUUAUCAGGUUUCAUCAAUUUUAAGUUCGUACGGUUUUGUGGAAAUACGAAAAUUCCCAUAUCAGAGCAAAAGAGCUUUAAUAGCCGUGGACAAUUUCGGAAGUGCUAGAAAAAUCAUAAGCAGUUUCAAAGGACAUAACGAUUAUCAAAUUCGACAAUACAGCGCUUUAAGGCAUUCAUCUAUAGUAAGAGCGUGUCUUUUAAGCGGUAUUACAGUUUCUGGAGUGUUGUUGUUAUGGAUGACACAAAGCAUUUUAAAAAAAUAGAAAUAAUGAAUUAGUGAAUAUUAAAAAGAACGUUAAUUUGAUAAUAAAUUUUAUAAGCUACUUUUAUUUUUAUACAGUCUACCUAUUAAUACAUACUACUUUUACUUUCCUUUAG